AGACCAAGCCACAGGUGGCUAGUUAUUUAGCGGUAGAAAUAGAGGGUCUGUUUGCGUGCUAUUGCAAAGACACAAGUCCAUUUUUUAAAUUAGCGUUAGCAAAAUUAAAAGUCAGAUAAUAUUAUUGAAAGACUGCGGAACGGAACACCGCGGUAUUCUGGGUUCGACUGGUCAGGUCUGAGACAGUUGUUGAAGGCGCACUGUUUGACAGUAAUGAAAGGCGGUACAACUUUCCCCCAGACAACAUUAGCUCUGUAAAGACAACAAAUGCCCACAAUGGCGUCUGUUUUGGAGGAUCCCACCCUAGAGAGACACUUCAAGGGGCAUAAAGAUGCUGUCACCUGUGCAGACUUCAGUCCAAACUGCAAACAACUGGCCUCUGGGUCAGUGGAUAAGACCCUGAUGAUCUGGAAUCUGGCUCCCAAGGCAAGGGCCUUCCGAUUUGUUGGCCACCAAGAUGUCAUCACUGGGGUGCAGUUCUCCCCGCUUGGUAACCUGGUGGCAACGUCCUCCAAGGACAGAACAGUCCGACUGUGGACACCUUCCAUGAAAGGAGAGUCAACAGUGUUCAAAGCUCACACUGCCACCAUCCGCAGCGUCGCUUUCUCCCAGGAUGGCCAGAGACUGGUGACAGCGUCUGAUGACAAGUCGGUCAAAGUGUGGAGCGUGCACCGACAGAGCUUCGUCUAUUCCCUCAACCUGCACACGAACUGGGUGCGCUGUGCCAGGUUUUCUCCAGAUGGGCGGCUCAUAGCUUCCUGUGGGGAUGACCGCUCAGUUCGGCUUUGGGACACAUCUACCAAACACUGCAUCAACUGUUUCACCGACUACGGAGGAUCAGCAACGUUUGUUGAUUUCAACUCUAGCGGCACCUGUAUUGCAUCUGCAGGAGCUGACAGUUCACUGAAAAUCUGGGAUCUACGGACCAACAAGCUGAUUCAGCAUUAUCAGGUGCACAGUGCAGGAAUCAAUAGCUUUUCCUUCCACCCAUCAAACAACUACCUGAUCACUGGUUCAAGUGACAGCACUGUGAAGAUCAUGGACCUGCUGGAGGGACGCCUCAUCUACACCCUCCAUGGACACAAGGGUGCUGUAAUCGCAGUAACCUUUUCCAGGGCUGGAGAGCUCUUUGCUUCGGGGGGAGCUGAUGGUCAGGUGCUGAUGUGGAGGACAAACUUUGACACCAAAUCCUACCAGGAUGUUCUGCAACAGCACAGCCGGCGGUCCACCCCUGAUCCCCCACCUCACCUGUCUGACAUCCACCCUAAAUCACCCCACCUUCAUCACUCACAGUCCACCGCCAUUCAGAUCAGUCCAACAGUGGCAGACACUCAGUCAGCUGAUCCGCAUGUCAUAGAGCUGGGCCAAGCUGUUCACAGCACCAUGCUCUUAAACGGUCGGAUGCACUUGACGCCCACGCGGUCCGCCGCCAACAGUCACCACUCCAACGGCUUGCCGGCGCGCCAUGCCGCCAGUUCAAGAGUGGAAGGACUGAAGGUGGGAAAAAGCGGCGGGAGGGCGGGUUCGACUGCUGGGAGCCAGACGGAGGCUGGCGGGGGAGGAAGAGGAAGGAGAGAGGAAGAAGAAGAGGAGAGAGGGGAGACGCACCCACUGGAAGUUCUCUCCGGUCAUCCAUCGUGUCUGGACUCUACGCUGGGACACAUUGUUCAACAGCUGGAUAUUCUCACGCAGACUGUUUCAGUGUUGGAGGAGCGUCUCACCCUGACUGAGGACAAGCUGAAGGAGUGUCUUCUCCACCAGUCCAAGAUUCUCAAGGACAUGCGAGCAUCCAGAGGGAGGCGGAGGACGGAGAGCGAGGGGACGGAUGGAUCACCUGUCCGUUUCACUUGAGGACGACCCCCCCCCCCCCCCCCCCCUGUGAGACUGCAGCACAAACACAGACUGAAAAGUACUGCUUCACCGAGACUGCUGGACAUGUGUGUAUGAUACUGAAUGUCCACCAUGGUGGUCUUUCUCAGGGGUCAGUGGGUUAAUCAGGAUUUGGCUGGGGGCUGAUGUAACUUUCUGUGUGUGUGUGUGUGUGUGUGUGUGUGUGUGUGUGUGUGUGUGUGUGUGUGUAAUAGCAACAUAUUUUCUCUAUCUUUCUUCACCUCUUAGGAAUAUCCAGCUGUACAGCCAAGCUCUCAUUCCAUUUCUCUGUGUGUGUGUGUGUGUGUGUGUGUGUGUGUGUGUGUGUGUGUGUGUGUUGAUAUGGAUGUUACAUCCAAUCCGGACAGCUGCAGCUAUGGAAACAGACGGUGCUUGUCUGCUGUAUGACCUCUGUGUGUGUGUGUGUGUGUGUGUGUGUGUGUGUGUGUUUACACGUGUGUAUUAGCACGUAAUUUAGGAGUUGGUUGCUUCUGCUGCAUCACUUUUUCGUUGUACUGUUUGCAUCUCUGCAUAAUGCCAUGUGUUUUUAAAACCAGGUUGUGUGUUAAGUAUUGCCUCAAUUACACCUCCUCAUAUAGAUAUAAUUUAUAUGAAUAAAAAAUAUUAUAUUGCUCUAA